GGACAAGCAGGGCCGGGGCCGGGGCCGGGGCUGGGCGGCGGCUACAGCUGCGGCUAGGGAGGAGCAUCGCUAUUUAUUUUGGGAACCGCAGCUCCCCCUCCCCUGGGCCCCCCCGCCCCUAGCAUCCCAGAGCUAGCUGGGCAGAGCCGGGGGCGUCACCAGCUCCCCCGCCCCCCCCGACGCCGCCGCCCCCCCAACUCCAUCUUCACGCUCUCGCCUCUCCCUCCUCCGCGGCCGCCGCCUCCCCAUCAGGGUUGGGCCUCCUGGAUCGCUGCUGCCGCUGCUAUCCUCGGUCCUCCCGAUAAUCCCCCAGUUUCCCUCUUCGAGGGAGCGGCCGCCUCCGGAGUUAACGAGCGGUGAAGCUCAGGCCGCGGGCCUCGCAUGGUGCCGGGGCCUCUGGGCUGACGGACGCCCGAAUUCGGGCCCCCCAGAGCCGCCUCUAACCAAAACCGCGCCCGCCGGACCCAGAAGAAUGGUCACUCAGAUAAUUAGCACCAUGGAGACUCAGGUGUCCGGCGGCCCCCCCCCUACAGCCCUGCCCAAUGGGCCGCUCGUCAGCACCAACGGAGCCACCGACGACAGCAAGACCAACCUCAUUGUCAACUACCUGCCCCAGAACAUGACGCAGGAGGAGUUCAAAAGCCUCUUUGGCAGCAUUGGGGAGAUCGAGUCGUGCAAGCUGGUCCGAGACAAGAUCACAGGGCAAAGCUUGGGCUAUGGCUUCGUGAAUUAUGUGGACCCCAAUGAUGCGGACAAAGCCAUCAACACCCUCAAUGGCCUCAAGCUGCAGACCAAGACCAUCAAGGUGUCCUACGCCCGGCCCAGCUCAGCCUCCAUCAGAGAUGCCAACCUGUAUGUGAGUGGCCUCCCCAAGACCAUGAGCCAGAAGGAAAUGGAGCAGCUCUUCUCCCAGUACGGGCGCAUCAUCACCUCCCGAAUCCUCGUAGAUCAGGUCACAGGUGUGUCUAGGGGCGUGGGCUUCAUCCGGUUUGACAAGAGGAUUGAGGCAGAAGAGGCCAUCAAGGGCCUGAAUGGGCAGAAGCCGCUAGGCGCCAGUGAGCCCAUCACUGUCAAGUUCGCCAACAACCCCAGCCAGAAGACGGGCCAGGCCCUGCUCACACACCUUUACCAGUCCUCCGCGCGGCGGUAUGCAGGACCCCUGCACCACCAGACACAGAGGUUCAGGCUGGACAAUUUGCUUAACAUGGCCUAUGGCGUAAAGAGUCCCCUGUCGCUCAUCGCCAGGUUUUCGCCCAUCACCAUCGACGGCAUGAGCAGCCUGGCGGGGGUGAGCCUGUCCGGGGGCGCGUCGGGCGCGGGCUGGUGCAUCUUCGUCUACAACCUGUCCCCGGAGGCGGACGAGAGCGUCCUGUGGCAGCUGUUCGGGCCCUUCGGGGCCGUGACCAACGUCAAGGUCAUCCGCGACUUCACCACCAAUAAGUGCAAAGGCUUCGGCUUCGUGACCAUGACCAACUACGACGAGGCGGCCAUGGCCAUCGCCAGCCUCAACGGCUACCGCCUGGGCGACCGCAUCCUGCAGGUGUCCUUCAAGACCAGCAAGCAGCACAAGGCGUGAGCGCCGGUUCCUACAGUGGGAGAGUAGGCAGGAUGGGUCGGCGGGUGCCUAAUCGUCUCCCCACCUUGGGUCAGGGAGCCUUCCUGAGGCCUAAGGAUCAUCAGCGAGACCCAGAGGGAAGAGGCCAGGUUCGUGUCAGAGCCAGGGUUUAGAUCCUGGCCCCGCUGCACCUCACAGGAUCCUGGCCAAGUCUAUUUCCUAGUCCGGUAAAAAACUCCUUCCUUCCCAGCUCUCACAUUCCAAGGGCCCAAAGUUCUUUUCUGCUGUUUUCAGAGCCCUGCAAAUCCUAAAAUCUAGAGUUACACAGGACUUGGGCCUCUGGGUCCCCUGAUCCUCCCCAAUGGCCUGGGUUCUAAUCUAGCCACUGUCUUGCCCUCCCCCCAGCCCCAGUUGUGACUCAGGAAGCCCCAGGGAGCCACCAUUUUUUUCCUAUCAUCAGGGACAGGACUUCUUACCGAAGUCAUCUCUGUAGCUCCUUGUAACCAAGGCUACCCUCAAUUAUUGGAACCCUGGGGCCCUACAGAAGGUGGUGACAGGGCUUGGGUUCUCCUCACCUUCACCCCCCUCCCAGAGCAACUCAGCUAAGCCGAGGGCCUUCGUUAAUGCCUUGUCUCAAUGCACCAGAGAGCAGCCUUUAAGCUCCUCCCCAGCAUCCUAUGGAGCCUAUCUGGGUGUCUCUGCUCCCUCCCCUCCCCAGCUCUUGGGGCCUGAUCACUGCUCCACAAAGGUCCUGAGCCAGUGAAGCUAGGAAACCCUCCCUCCUCUUCCUGAAGGAUAAGACCAAAUUUCCCCUUCUAUAACAGGGGACUGCUGUUUCCCACUCACUGUGCUUCCCAGAGGCUAGUUUGGUGAAAGGGUGGAAUGCCCCAUGGAAAGGAAGAGGAAAGAAUGGAUACCAGAAGGGCAAAGUUCCAGGACAAAGACACCAAGCUACUUGUCAAGCCUAGGGAUAAUAGAAGAGGCCCUCCUUUGUCCACGCCUUCCAAAUGAAGAUAUGGAGGGGAUCAAAAGGCCCAAGUGAUCACUGCCCCUCUAGGACUAGAGAUCAGUGAUCACUCCUGGAUAUCAUCUGUACCACGACUGCAUGUAUCUGCACCUCAAGUCCUAACAGUCACUGUCUCCUUUCCCCUGGUGCAAAGUCCCAGGUUCUGCCCACCGCAGGGUACUUAAUGCUAGUGCUGGCAGCAAAGGAGUCUGUUCCUUUUCUGUCUCAGGCCUGGGAACAGGAAGGAUCUAGGGAGGCAAGCUCAAUCUUCUAAAGAGGUUUGGGGGAGGAGCAUUAGAAGGGCAGGCUUAAGGCUUCACUCAAGGCAUUUCUAAGGAGUUCCUCCCCCCCCCCCCCCCCCCCCCCACCUCCAAUGCUU